AUGGUAGUCCCAGAAAUCGAUCAAGAAGUGCCAGUGGCGCCACCCAUGUGCGGCGCGCUGCCGCCCCUAGCCCGUGUGAACCGAUCCAUCCAUGGCCCCAACAAGGACAUGCUUGUUCCACCGUACGCUGCCUCUACCGCCGAUCUCCAACCCAGUCGAACAGGAUUCGCCCCGGAGUGCCUCUUACCCCUAGUGUGCAUGAGCAGGCCAGAGUAUUUCGGCACCCUCUCCUUACCCUCUGUUUCCUCCGUGUAUGAGAGGACAUGGCGGAGAAAGUCGGGCUGCACGCGAAGCGUAUCGACUGUCCCCGUUCGCCGUACGCCUCGCCUCUCGAGCUCAAGAAACGCUUCUGCCAUUUGCCGUAGUCGACGGUUCCGGUUCGCGUCACUAGACCCGCAGAUUUACGAAGAGCUACUGGAAACCUCGCUUUCCGGCUGCCGGAACCCGUCCAUCCAUGGCUCCAACAAGGGGAUACUGAUGCCGCCGCCUUCUGGCCCAAUGGACGAUCUCCAAUCAAGUAAAACAGGUCUCGCAGCCACUCGACUCUUGGCCUCAUUGUGGAUCACGAGACCUGAGAAAUCCGACCUCCCCUCCAGAUUCUCCUUGUUCUCCGUGUAUGAAAGAACCUCUCGCAGGAACGUUAGCUGGAUACUCCGGGUCUUUGCCUUGUCCGUCCGCUGUACCCCGCGCCCCGCAAGUUUGAAAUACGCUUCUGCCAAUGCCUGCAGAUGA